AUGAGAGUUAUCAAACAAAACAUGUAAGAACAAGAGGUAUGAAGUGAAGCUCAAAAAAGACAUUUGCAUGUUGUUAGGAUUUAUGGACCAUCCCCAUCAUUUCAAUUUCAAUUCUCCAAAUUUUCGUCAUCAUCUUCCCCCCACCUCCCUUAUGAAAUCCAUAGCUUUCACUGAGAAAAUCGAAGAAAAAUAUUCUGUUUCUGGAGAUACCCUUUUCCUCCAUUAUUGCUCUCACUUUGAGCGCUCAAACUGAGCAAUGUCUUGAGGGCAUUUCAGUCACUGGACUGACAUCAAAACAUACAGAUAUUUUACCACUGUACCCACCAAAAUGAAAAUGAAAGCGAAGAGCCUUCUCAUUUUGGGGGCAUUCCUAGAAUAUCCACAGAUGCAACAAACAAACACAGCCAUUUGAGAAACCCAAAAAAGUUUUAAAGUAGAAUUGGAAAUGAUGAGGAAGGGCGUGCCUGUUCUGUUUGAUUACUGAGAAAGCUUUGUGGGUGCAUAACAGAGAGAGAUUGCAGAGAGAAAUUUUUAUUUUUUUAGCAAUUUCUGAGAGACCCACAUGGAGAUACAAUCAUCAAAAAGUGAGAUGAAGGCAAAUUGGCUUUGUUCGUUGGUUCCCUUGAUGCUUGACACCGGAGCUCCCUUUUCAAUCAUAUUACGUUGUCCUGGUCUCGAAUAAGAGGUGGGUUUUCUCAGAAUUCUCAGCUCACUUUGGCAUUGAUGUUAUUUCAGUUGAGAGAAGAUGGUGAUGAGUUUUGGGUCUCUGGGAAGCUUUUAGAUUCUCUACUCUGUAAGUGAGCGAAUGAAAUUCAGUGCUUGUGUGUUUGAGUUUUUUAAGUUCUCUUUAAAAAUAAAUGUCUGAGGUUGCGAAUCUCUUGGUGAUGGUUUGAAUGCUUUCGAUUUUGAAACAAAUUAGGGGAGAAGGGGGAGAAACGGAUACUAAAUGCUUUUGGCUGAAGUUAUGGUUUUCUUCCGUUUCAUCUUUUUUCUGAAUAUAGAUUGUAUCUCGUUUGAUCUGAUCUUCUUAUAUCAGAAAAAUUAUGAAUUGGGUAUUUCAAUUUUAGUUUGAGCUGCAAUUUGUGUAUAUGGGUUGUUCAAUUCAAAGCUUGGAAUCUUUGAUUCAGAAAGUAGGAGACUGUAAGUUUCCAAUAUCUUGCUUUUCUCCUUUUAUCUUCGAGCACAUAUCUUUUUCUUCACUAGAAAAAUUUUAUGGCUGUCCUCGGGUGCUUUCGAUCUUUUGUUCUUAAUGAUCCAUUUUCCCAUUGUUAAACAAGCUGCAAAAAAGCAAUAAGAAUGGCUGAAAUAAGGCUAGCUAGAUUAGAACAAGGCCAAACCAAGAUUAAAAAUGUGCCAAUUGCUGUAACCCCAGAAGGUUUUUGGUGCUGCCCUUCUCCUGUUGUUUUCCAAAAAACCCUCAAAAGUCAAAAUCCCCUAAACAAACCCAAACCUGCCUCCCCGCCCUCAAAGAUCCCUGUUGAGAAGAAACUAACACCGGUGACUGAUAGAAAGCCAGCGCUUUCGAGAUCACGGUCAGCUGCUGUUUCCGAUGAUGACCGAAAAGGCAAUGCUGAUACUUCUGGUUCUGGCUAUAGUGCCCCAGAGGUUGUACACAGGACAUCACGGCCUAAGGUUGAAAAUAUGCCAAGGAAAAUAGCUAUCGAGUUUGGUGAGCCGGGGACAAGUAAUAUAAAGGUUGUUUUACUUGGGAAGCAAGGAUUUUCAGUGAAGUUGAGUGUUCAUAGAAACGUUUUGAUGGAUAAUAGUACUUUUUUCGCCAAUAAACUUUCUGAUCAAGAAGGUCCCUCAAUGGAAAUUGGUGAUUGUGAAGAUGUUGAAAUAUAUGUUGAAACUGUGGGAUUGAUGUACUGCAAAGAAAUGAAGCAAUGGCUGAUGAAGCAAAAUGUUUCUCGUGUUUUGCGGAUUCUUAAGGUUGCUGAAUUUCUCGGUUUUAAGUCAUGCAUGCAGUCAUGUCUAGAAUAUUUGGAAGCAGCCCCUUGGGUUGGUGACGAAGAAGAAGAAAAGGUUGUCACAUCCAUCCUACGACUUCAAAGUGAAGGCAUCGGGGUGAGCCCAGUAUUGAAACGAGUGUCUGCAGAUGUGUCUAAGCCCCAUAAAGAUACUCUUUCCCAUAUCAUCGAACUUGUUCUCAGAAGCAAUGAGGAAAGAGGCCGACGUGAAAUGAAACUGGUAGUACUGAGGCUUCUUAGGGAGAACCAGAGUGUAUCAAGCAAUGCGAGUGCAGCUGACAUUUGCAAUGAAAUUAUUUACUCUUCUUGUAGAAGCUGUUUGACCUCGCUAUUGUUUCUGUUCCAGCAAGCUGCUGAAACAGAUUUUACUGACAGAUCAGUGGACAGGAAAGAACCAGUGCUGAAGCAAAUUACUCUAGAGGCCGACAAUCUCUCGUGGUUGCUUGAAAUAUUAGCUGACAGGCAAGUGGCCGAUGAAUUUGCAGUUAUGUGGUCGAAGCAUCAGGAACUAGCAGCCCUCCAUGCAAAGUUGCCUAUUGUAUCUCGCUAUCAUAUUAGCUGCAUAACAGCUAGGUUAUUUGUUGGGAUUGGCAAAGGAGAGCUGUUACCAGCAAAGGAUACCCGUAAAUUGUUGUUACAUACAUGGUUAGAGCCAUUGAUCAAUGAUUAUAGCUGGUUAAAACACGGUUGUGGGUCAUUUGAUCGAAAGGUUGUGGAGGAAGGAAUUGGUCGGACGAUCCUCACUCUCCCACUGGAGGAUCAGCAAAGCAUUUUGCUGACUUGGUUAGGCAGUUUUCUGAAGGUUGGGGAUAGUUGCCCAAACCUCCAAAGAGCGUUCGAGGUUUGGUGGCGUCGGACGUUCGUUCGACCUUACAUUGAGACACAAGGAAGCAUUCACUCGCAAGAUUGCUCAAUCACACCCCAGUUGGGGCCUUGAGGAUAUGCCACUGCCACCAUACUUGUGGAAUGAAGCAAAGAAAUGUAAUGCUGAAGCAUUUGCAUUUCUCAGUGAGGAAAAGAUGAACAAAACUGACCAUUUGUUGGGCAAUGUAGGUAGCUGCUGAGUUCAUUGCUUAGUUGUGGUUUAUGAUGAAUGAAUUUUGAGGUCGGUCGAGAACGUUGUCGAUGAAGUGAAUUGCUCUGUUGUGAGUUAAAUUUGUAUGUAGUGUAGUAUAAGCUGGCUGUGCAUUUAUACUCUGAAUGCACCUUUUAUUGAAGUAAAAAUCAAAGUGUUGUCUGCUUUUGCUUUUGCUUCUUUAAGGGAGGUUAUGCUAUUGAAAUUUACUUUGUAAAACCAAGAUAGAGGUAUUUGGGUUUGUUUUCUGUAUAUUUCUUCUUUA